GGCAGAUAUUCCAAAACUAUUUUGGGUAGGAAAACGUCCGUAGACGGUAAUUAUUUUGAAAUUGACCACAAUUAUACUGAUACGUUAACGAUGUGUAACGGACAGGAAUGUAAUCGGCCUUACUGUGAGUCUGAUAUCCAUAUUGACCUGCCAAAUAACGUGAAACGCGAUGGUUGGAGAGUUGGAAUGCGUGUACUAGAUCUGGGUUUUUUGUUGGACAAUUUGAAGUGUUGUUCUGUAUGUAGGCUCGGACCAGUGCUUUUAACUAACAGAAGUGUUGUUGGUGAGCUUAGGAAAGGACUGGGUGGCUUUCUAUACGUCAAGUGUCAGAAUAUAGACUGUGGAGAAGUCAAUUGUGUACCUUAUUGCAAAACUCGAAGGGUCAAAAAGAGAGGCAUGCCAUGCUUUACAGGGAACACAAAUCUCGGAAUAGCUAUGAUUGACAGUGUUGGUGGUGCAGGAAAAGUGAAUAAUCUGUUGUCAACACUUAAUAUCCAGCCAAUACACAGGAAAAAUCUUAAACACAUUGAAAGGAGGUCAGGCAGUUUCGUCGAAGAUGUUGCUGAAAAUUCAAUAAGAAGUGCAGCAAAGGAUGCAUUUAAGAAAGAAAUGAGUGAUAUUGCUAAUGAAGAAACAGAAGAGGCAGCUAAACAUAUGGAAGGACUUAUAGAUGACCUUGGAGUUUGUCCAAUGCCUGAUGCAUCACCAUCAUUAAAAGAGAGAAUACAACGGACUACUGUGGAUUUUGACUCUCCUGCUUCGGAAACUCCAGCAAAACAUUAUAAAAGAAAAUUCCGUACAAGAAAUGCUAGUGAUGUUGAACUGAAGGCUAAGAAGAAGCUAAUGCCCAAAUUUCCAUGCAAGCGGCGAUAUGGAAUGUCCUGUGCAGUGGAUACUGCAUGGCAGAAACGUGGAUUUGACAGUCAAACAGCCCAUACUUUUUUCAUGAGCAAGUCUCGUUAUGGGAAGAAAAUUGUGAAGGGUAUAGUUAGUCAUAGGCAGUGUUCAACGUGCACAUGGUGGAGACGAAACAGACCAGGGAAGAAAGUCCGAGAACACAGAUGUGUACGUAAUCAUACCGGAAGCGCGAGGCUGAUGGAGAGCACAAGUGGGGAAAAGGGAGUCUUAGAGCUUGCUAAUGAAGGUACACCUGUAGAAUACAUUGAAGGGGAUGGAGAUACAACUCUUCUAGCUAGACUUAAAAAUAAUCAGAACAUUUCAUUGAAGAAAAGAUUUGAUAAAAACCAUAUAAUGAAAAACAUUGGCAAAAGUUUGUAUUCUUUACAGUCUCAAAAAGGUGUGAAAUUAAGUAAAAACACAAUAAUUCAUUUACAGAAAUGCAUUUCAUAUGCUUUGUCAAAAAUAGUGGUAAUGAGGUUGCUCUUCAAGAAAAUUUAUGUGCUAUAGUUCCACAUAACUUUGGUGACCAUCAGUUGUGCAAAGCCAGCUUUUGUGGACAGUUGAGAACCCCUGAUGAAAAGUAUGUUCACCGUUCUUUACCGUAUAAAACAAAUUUAACUGGAGAAGUUUUGCGUGAAAAGUUUGAUGAAAUAAUGAAGCCAAUAAUACUCAAAGCUAGUCAGUUUGCUGAUCUUGGCUCCAGCCAGCAGUGUGAACAUGCUAAUCGAGAAGUCACUCUCCGAGCACCAAAGAAUAUUUAUUAUGGUGGCACAGAGGCAUUAGAUUUUCGAGUCAAGGCAACAGCUGCCUUCAUCAAUGAAGGGAGACAUUAUAUUUCUAAGUUUUCUGGUUCUUGUUCUGUGCACAGUUUAUAGACAUAUACCAAUGUCACUUCACAGUCCAAUCUUGGU